CAGCAGCGGCGCUUUUCUCAGGCGAUGGUUUGGCCCGCAGGGUUACAGGAAGUUGGAGCAGCUGCCAUGUUUAGCUGCUUUGUUGUAGAUUUCUUGUAGGUUUCCUGCAGAUUUUUAGCUAAGUGUUGCAAUGGAGCCGAGCUGGAGCUCAUUUUUAUUUCAGACAAAUGACACCCUCCACCACCAGCACCAGGUUGGGCAGAACAGUCUCCUGCCUCUGCUCAAUGCUGGAACAGAACCCCAAGACCAAAAGCCUGUGCUCCCCAUCCCACUGGAGCAGAAGCCUCCAGUCAGUGCGGCCGAGCUCCUCAAGGACAACAUGGCAGGUGGAACAGGUGGUGGAGGAGGGGGUGGGGGAGGUGGGGGAGGUCCUGUGGUGGUUAAGAAGGAACCCAAGUCAAAAACACCCUUCAUCUGUGGUUACUGCAGCAAGUCCUUCAGAGACAGCUACCAUCUACGGCGGCACGAGUCUUGCCACACGGGCAUCAAGAUGGUGUCCCGGCCAAAGAAGACACCAGCAGCACCCACCAUGGUGCCCAUGAUCUCCACUGUGCCACAGCGGGAUAGCAACGGCAACCCCACCUAUGUCUCUGCUGCAGGUAUCCUGACAACAGGAACCAAUUCAGUGGCAGUGGGCACAAUGGCCACUCUGUCGCAGCAGCAGCCCAGUGUACCCAAAAAGCCACCAAAACCAGUGAAGAAGAACCAUGGCUGUGAGAUGUGUGGUAAAGCCUUCCGGGACGUCUACCACCUGAAUCGGCACAAGCUGUCACACUCAGACGAGAAGCCAUUCGAGUGUCCCAUCUGCCACCAGCGCUUUAAGAGGAAGGACCGCAUGACCUAUCAUGUGCGCUCUCAUGACGGUGGUGUGCACAAGCCCUACAUCUGCUCCGUCUGUGGCAAAGGCUUCUCCAGACCAGAUCAUCUCAGCUGUCAUGUUAAACACGUCCACUCAACAGAGCGGCCUUUUAAAUGCCAAGUAACGGCCUGCACAUCUGCUUUUGCCACCAAAGACCGUUUGCGUUCCCACAUGAUCCGGCACGAGGGUAAAGUCACCUGCAACAUAUGCGGAAAGAUGCUGAGUGCUGCCUACAUCACCAGCCACCUGAAGACACACAGCCAAGCCGGCUUCACCUCGCCCUGUAACAAAGGUACGCCAGCCCUCGCCCCUCACUCCUCCUCCACCUCCUCCUCUACUACUUCCUCCUGGCCUCCGCUCACCUCGACUGCACCAAACCAGGAUGGCACACACUCAGACACUAACAACACAUGCAACUCUGCCUCAGCUACACCAGUCACUGCCUCGGCUACUACUGCCAGCAUGAACCGUGGAACUAUCAGCAACCCUGUCACUAUCUCCUCCAACACAGUGAAUAUCACAGCACCAGUGAGUCUCCAGCACCCAGUGACCAUCACUGCUCCAGUCAACAUUGCCUCGGUGAACAUCCCUGCCACAGCAACCGGCAUGAACAUCGCCCACCCGGUGGCCAUCAGCACCCCUAUGUCCAUGAACAUCACCGGCCCCCUCAACAUCGCCAUGAGGCCCAUGGAAAGCAUGCAAUUCCUCUCACAGGUUCUGCCUUCCUCGCCACCCUGGUAGAAAAGAACUAGCUCCUGAUUACUCAUCCAACCCAGUGUGUCUUAUUUUAAAUCCUCUUCUGGUCUUCCAUUAGUAGCGUGCUGUGAAGAAAGGGCAAGCAAGGGUGUAUGGUAGAAGUUCCAAGCUUAGUGUGGAUAAACAGUAGCAUCUAAUGACAAAACAAUAAAGAUCUAGUUGGUUUUAGGUGGUGCUCUGUUUAUCCUUAUUUUUGGCUGUUGGCUAAGCAAAACCAGAAAUGUAUAGAGUUUAGUAAAAUAGCUUAAGGACAAGGUGGGAAAAAUAGUUGUAUGUAAUGGAGGCUGGCAUGCUGUAUUUUGGUGAUUUCGCUUCGUUAGUGCCAGAAGAUCUCAGCCAAUAUCCAUCUGGAGAGGAGCAAAGUGCUUCAUCAGAGUGUGCAUGACAGUUUUUUGAACUGUGAUGACUUUAUUUUUUGUUAUUUUUAGCUUGCUGAUCAGUAUUCUCUAGUUUAUUGCAUUUUGUUAUGUACUACAAAAGGGACAGGAGCUUCCAUUUGUGGGAGAGAAUUAUUUUUAAUUCUAUCUAAGUAAGAGGCUGUUCUGGAUUUGCAUUCAUUGUAAGCCACUUAAAACUGUAGCUAUUAUUCUAGUUUUAAAAUAUUUUCUGGAGUUGAUCAUUCCUGGUAAAAGAAAGAUUAUGUACUAUUGUUUUGAAUAGCUGGGACAUAUUUCUGUUUAUUGAGUGUUGGACAUGAAAUUUUACCCAAGUCUUGCACUGAAAACAUAUCUGAUUGGUGAUAUUUGAAUGGCAGUAUUAUGGGAAAUGUUUUUAAAUUCGUGGCAUUAAGAGUCAGUGUAGAUGUCCGCCGGACUGGUAGCCACAUUCACAGAAAAGAGUUCACAAGAUCUUUAAAGAGUGUUUUUGAACUCUUUAUUCUUCUUCCUUUAAGAUUGAGGGUUGUACUCGUAUGGACCUCUUCUCAAGGUCUUUACUGAGGGAGUCCCACUAAUUUGACAUGUUGGUAAAAUCAUGCUUAACACUUUUCUUAAUUUUUCACCUCUUUAAUACACUAAACCAAUUUAUCCUUGUUGCUGUACCUGGGUGGAAGAUGCAUUUUGUUACAUUUAUUAUAUUUAGAAAUUUUAUUUUCUGUUUAUUUUUCCCUUGAUUACAGUUCAACCAAAACUUCCAUCUGAUGAUCAGGUUUUGUUGGAUGGUUUUUAAUCAGUGACACUUUUCUGUGUCCCAAAUGACUGUAGGUAGCUAGCAAUGAACAAGAGCAAAGUGUUUCAUCCGUUUUGGAUGGCAAAAGCAAUAUUGAGGUUGCACUGCUAAUCCAUUCUGUUCGUUUCUGAUCAACAUGCCUUUACCUUCAAUAUCUAUUAAGUUUCACACAUUUCUGUAUUGUUCCCCCUCCUGAGAAUUUACUCAGUCAGGACGUGUAAGAAAAUCAGCAGAAUGUGCUCAUGCCAGGCACUGUGUAGACAGCUGUGCUACUUUCUUUUUAUUUGACCCAACAUGACAUGGGAAAUGAAUUCAGUAAGCAGCAAUUGUUGUUAAAUGUGAUUCUUUGCUGAUCAGGAAUAUAAUGGAUAUUGGAGGAAAAACUGAUCUGGACUGUGAGGUAAGCAAAGCCUAAAAGCAAUUAAUUGUUCACUUUUUCCCCUGAAUUAUUUUGCCCCCCUCCUUUUCAACUUGUAACUUUACGUGCAUUGCAUGAACCUUACAGCUAAAUCCUAGGCACCUAAAGCAGUUUUCAUCUUGUCUUGAUGUCCUUCAGAGAAUGUUGCCUUUUUUAACAGGAGUGUCAUCUUUUCCCUAAACUUUGAGAACUGGAAUUUGAAGAACGGAACUGAUGUGACUGGUACAAAGCAUUACAGAACUUUUGAAGUUUGUGAUCUUGCUUGUGAUAAAUGGAUGGCCCUCAAGUGGCAUCACUUCUGUGCCUGGUCUGAAAAUGCCACAUAGGAACAUGACUGUCCUGUUUACCAAAUCUCUGUGAAGAUUUUACAUGCAUUUUGCUUUGGAGAUUAUUACGUUAUAAGGAAUUAUGACUUUGUCAUUAGCUUUUGUUUCCGGGAAGUAUUGUUUUUUUCUUAUUUUUUGCCUUAUGCACCAACAGUAUCUUUUAAAGAAAUGUUUGAUUAUUAGUGAGGGGUGGGAGAUAUUUUAAGUUUUACAUUGGAAACUAAAACAGUAGUUCUGACAUUUUGCAAAUUUGCUUUGAUGAAUUGGCAGAACCGUGUGAAUGCCAGUGAAUGUAUAUCUUUGUACAAAACAGUUAGCUCAGAGGAUGUUGUAGGUAUAGUAGACAAGUGCAAGGAAAAAAAUGAAAUAACCUUUUUAUAAAACCUUUUGUAUUAGAACAUUAACAUUGAUAAUUUUGUAUAUAUGAAGACUAGGAAAUUUUUUGGUUAGCAGAAAAGUGAAGCAUUCCUACAUUUUUUUAAAUGUAUGUAUGUCACAAACAGUUAUUGUAAACAAUGUUUUAUGUGCCUUUUAUUUGGAUUGUCUAAAUAAAAGAAAAUUGAAAACA